AUGAUUCAGCAACACCGUCAGGCAGGGAAGUUGUAUGCGAUCUGGUGCAGUCCCUCGUUCCUCGCCACAGACGCAGACACAGACACAGACGCAGACACACAUCCAAAGCUGUCUGACUAUCUCUGCUACUGCCCACAUUCACCAUUCAUCUCCCUCCCGCCCGCCCUUCCUCCACACACCCUCUCUCUUCUUCCCUCAUGCUGCUUGCGCUACCCUACCCCAAUCACGCGCCUUUCCUGCCUCCCCCCCACAGCAUCUUCUUCAGGUUCCCGGGCGCCUAGCCAGUCGAUCCCCUCCCACAAAGACCUGGAAGUCCAAGGUCUUCCACAGUCUUCCAAAGCCUGCCGGCCGCUGGUUUCAUAUCAACCGACCCAGUUGCUUCUCUCGUCCCGCCUCCGCUCCGUGCUCCUUUCCAGCAUCCAAUCCCGUGGGAGCGAUAUUAUCGAAGCGAACAAAUCCUACCGCGGCUACAGCUCGCCUCGCCGUCUCCAAGCUGCUCCCCUUUCUGGCCAGUCAUCUCCAGAGGAUCCAUCUGGUCUCUUGGGGACUGGUCCAUCAUGGUGCCGUAUAUCUUAUUUACUGGCUCCCAUCAAAGGUCGAUCUAGGGAUGGUCUCUACGAACCCAUCCUGGCUGAUAACGAACGCGAAGCUGUCGCUGAUUUGCUCCAGUAUCUCGAGAACCGAAAUGAAACCGAUUUCUUCAGUGGAGAGCCACUCAGUGCUCUUAGCACCCUCGUAUACUCAGACAAUGUUGAUCUCCAACGAAGUGCUAGCUUAACGUUCGCUGAGAUCACGGAAAGAGAUGUCCGGGAAGUCAAUAGAGAAACCCUUGAACCUAUUCUAUUCCUCCUCCAGAGCCCCGAUAUCGAAGUACAACGAGCGGCGAGCGCAGCCUUGGGGAAUCUCGCUGUCAAUACGGAAAACAAGGUCAACAUCGUCCUGCUUGGGGGGCUGGCUCCUCUAAUACGGCAAAUGAUGUCACCAAAUGUCGAAGUACAAUGCAAUGCCGUCGGGUGCAUCACCAACCUAGCCACCCACGAAGAUAACAAAGCCAAAAUUGCGCGAUCAGGUGCUCUUGGGCCUUUGACAAGACUGGCGAAAUCAAAAGACAUGCGUGUACAACGGAAUGCCACCGGGGCCCUACUAAACAUGACCCAUUCCGAUGAAAAUCGACAGCAACUCGUCAUCGCCGGUGCCAUACCUGUUUUAGUGCAACUACUCUCUUCCUCCGAUGUCGAUGUUCAGUACUACUGUACAACAGCGCUUAGCAAUAUUGCAGUGGAUUCAGACAACAGAAAGAAGCUCGCGCAAACAGAGUCCCGCCUUGUUCAAUCCCUCGUCCAGCUCAUGGACUCUUCCACUCCCAAAGUACAAUGCCAAGCUGCCCUGGCCCUGAGAAAUCUUGCCUCCGAUGAGAAAUAUCAACUUGAGAUAGUCCGCGCCGUGCAGAAAUGCAAGGAACUUGUUUUGAAAGUGCCCAUGAGCGUGCAGUCUGAGAUGACGGCUGCAAUUGCAGUUCUCGCACUUAGUGACGAGCUGAAAUCGCACCUUCUAAAACUCGGCGUUUUUGACGUUUUGAUUCCUCUGACGGAUUCAGAAAGCAUAGAAGUGCAAGGAAAUAGCGCUGCUGCGUUGGGGAACUUGUCUUCCAAAGUUGGUGACUACUCUAUAUUCGUGAGAGAUUGGUCAGAGCCGAACGGCGGCAUUCACGGAUACCUAAGCCGGUUUCUGGCGAGUGGUGACCCAACUUUCCAGCACAUCGCAAUCUGGACUCUGCUCCAGCUCCUUGAAUCCGAAGAUAAGCGGUUGCAAGGCUAUAUUACUCGCUCAGAAGAUAUUGUUGAUAUGGUUAAGGCGAUUGCUGAUAAGAAUGUCGAAUCUGACGAUGAAGAAGGCGGUGAGGAUGAUGAAGGUGAGGUUGUCGCUUUGGCGCGACGGUCACUGGAGUUGCUUGGCCAGGGGCCUAAACAAAUACUCGUUGAAGGUUGA